ACGUUUUACGAGUUCACUUCUCUCGCUGCACAUGAGAUUGUAUCACCAAUCAGUCAGUGUCUUAUAAGCGUUUAGAAAAAAUGUCCGGUAUAGUCUCCUGCUGUCAGCCUACAUGCAUUUGUAUUUCGAAAACGCAUUACAACAGGAAAUGGUACUUGGUGAUCGCUUUGUUAGGCAUCGGACUGAGUAUUUUAAUUUUGCAAUUCGUGGCCACGUUCCAUCUUCCUUUGAGCCAGGAUGCGCCUGAUGAAUUGGCGAAGGUGAAACCUGAGGCUGCGAAUUGUCGUUAGGUACUGGAUGGUAUAAUAACAAAGUACAAUCAUCGGACACGAAACAUUGGCGGCACUACUUGAACGAGAUUCAAAAAUAUUGGAUAAUUCGGAGACACAAUCCGAAGGAAUCGUAUAAUCUUAAAAAUCCGGAGAUCCAAGAUCACUCGAUGGGCCAAGCACGUAGAAUUCGAAAAAUUUUGAAAAAUAUGUUGGUGACGCAAACGUUGUUUUUACAGCAAAAUGGCUUUUUCGUGGAGUGCGGCGCUUACGACGGGGAGACUCGAAGCAACACUUUGGUGCUGGAGCGAUUCCUGGGCUGGGACGGUCUUUUGAUAGAGGCGGAUCCUUUAAAUUUCAGCAACAUGAUGGACAAAAACAGAAUAGCUUACCUAACAGCUACCUGUCUUUCCAUUAAGCCAUAUCCUACAGUGAGUACCUUCUUGAUGGCCAAAAAUAUCGGACGUCUUCACGACCUACAUGAUCCUGACGAAGAUUUACCGAAUUCCUCUGACGUUGCUCACAAUGGUGUCCAUAUCUCAGUGCAGUGUUUCCCGUUCAUAGAUUUAAUGGCUGCCCUUAAUGUGACCACCGUCAAUUAUUUCAGUCUCGAUAUAGAGGGCUACGAGCUUCAAGUGCUGGAAACGAUUCCUUUCGAUAGGAUAAACAUAGAGACGCUCUCUGUAGAAUUCUCCCACAUUAAGAACGAUAAAAAGGAGUUGAUACAUUUCAUGAGCUCGAAGGGUUAUUACGUAGAUUCCAUUGUCGUUAAACCUGAUAAUUUAGCUAACGAUAUAAUAUUCGUGAAACAAAGUUUAUUAAUGCAACGAUUCUAGUCACGUUAGCCUUCUCCUUUUAUUAUUGUAUUUAUUUAGGUAACUUAUUAUUUUUUUUUUUUAGGUAACUUACUUAAUUAA